CCUCCCCGCGGCCAUGGGGGCGCGGCUUCCCCGGGAAGGGAGCGAGCGGCUGUCACCCCCUCACCGAGGGCGCGGCGGCUCCGGCGGGGCGGGGUUUGUCAUCUCCUCCUCCUCCCGCCCUCACUCCUCCCUUCCCGCCUCGUUAUGGCGUCCCCGGCGCUGACCUUCGGCCGGAGGUUGUGUUGGCGGCCGCUCUGUGAAAUAAGGUGAGCUCCGAUCGCACCGUCUCAGCGGCUGGGGACCCUGUGCCGUGUUGCUCCGGGGAGGCACCGUUCCGUGAGCAGUUGUCUCGCCGCCGCGCUCCCGGGGCGAGCACCAGCUGUUUGCAUUCCAACGGUUCACCUGCACGUGACUGCAGCCACCAUGCAAGUCAGCCAGAAAGACUUUGAAAAGGCUCAAGAACAACUGAAGCAUUUGAAAAAGGAUCCUGGGAAUGAAACUAAGUUGAAGCUCUAUGCUUUGUUUAAACAGGCUACUGAAGGUCCCUGCAAUGCUCCAAAACCAGGUAUGAUGGACUUUGUCAAGAAAGCCAAGUGGGAUGCAUGGAAUUCUCUUGGCAAUUUGUCUCAGGAUGAUGCCAGACAGAAAUAUGCUGAACUUGUCUCAAGUCUGGUCUCUGCAGAACCUGCUGUCCAGAAGGAAGAAGCUUCUCCAGAAGAGGGCAGACAUGAUGGCUAUGAAACAAUAAUAGUUACCACCAAAAACAAUAUCACAAAGAUAAUGUUUAACCGACCUGACAAGAAAAAUGCCAUUAAUCAUAAGAUGUACAGAGAAAUUAUCAGAGCGCUUCAAGAAGCUGGGAAAGAUGAUUCUACCAUAGCAGUUAUUACUGGAAAUGGAGACUACUAUAGUAGCGGAAAUGAUCUCAAUAAUUUUACUAAUGUCCAGCCCAGUGAGAUGAAGAAGAUGGCAGAAGAUGGAGCAGUAUUACUCAAAGAGUUCGUGGGUGUAUUUAUUGAUUUUCCAAAACCACUGAUUGCAGUGGUAAAUGGCCCAGCUGUUGGAAUCCCUGUAACAGUCCUUGGAUUGUGUGACGUUAUCUAUGCUUCUGACAGGGCUACAUUUCACACCCCAUUUAGUCAACUUGGACAGAGCCCAGAAGGAUGUUCCUCUUACCUGUUUCCAAAAAUCAUGGGCUUCGCUAAGGCAAAUGAAUUUUUGCUUUUCAAUAAAAAGCUGACUGCAGCAGAAGCCUGUGCCCAGGGACUUGUGACUGAAGUCUUCCCCGACAGCACUUUUCAGAAGGAAGUUUGGGCAAGAUUAGAAGCUUAUGCAAACCUCCCCAAAAAUUCCUUGGCAGUGUCAAAGCAACUGUUACGAAGUGUUGAAAAGGAGAAGCUCUAUGCAGUCAACAGUGAAGAGUGUGAAGUCCUGAAGGAGAGGUGGUUAUCUGAUGAAUGUAUAAAUGCUAUUGUCAACUUCUUUCAGAAGAAAGCAAAACUCUAAUCUUCACGAGUAAAAUAAUUCACCUUCUGGCAAUGGCUUAAUCUGCCCUUACCAUUAAUAAACUUUCUCUUCAAAUAAUAAUUCUUAUACCUAUUGAUGUGGUAUAUAUCUGAGUACUGGGUUAAAACACAAUGUUAUGUGCCUUGGAUUCAUUAUGGAUAUUCAGGUUGGGGUAAAAAGGCUUCAUUACCUUAUAGGCAGCAGUGAUAUUUCUAAAUAAUACUAAAGCAGAUUGUCUUCCAAAAGAAGCAACAGAUGCAGUUGCACUAUAUUUUGAUAGUUCUUCAGUCUACAUGUCUUGUUAGUGAUUCUUUGUAUUAAUCUGUGGGGAAGGAAAUACUGUAUUAAUGAAAAAAUAAAUAGAAGUAUUGAA